GUGCAGGCCCAAAAGAGGAAGAGCAGAGGACUUUUGUUUUCUUCUGCGUUUAAUGAAGUUGGCCUGGUCACUCAAGAAGGGAUUAAAGGAGAAUUUAGUGUCACCGAGCUGUGACUACUGAAGAGGGUCUCAAGUGUUCGGGUCACUGUGCGAGCACGAUGGUCUCAGUUCAGAGCUGCAGCAGGAGGAAUAUGGCCGGCUCUCCUGCUUUACCAGGCUUUGGGAGCUCGGGAAAAAGUUUUCUUAUUGACAAUCUACUGCAAUCGCAGACAUCCUCAGCGCAUUCGGAGGGGACAGCAGGUGGACACCUGAAAAGAGCAGCGUGUGAGCGUCCAUGCAGAACCUGGGGCCCUGAGCACGGAGCCUACCAAGGCCAGGCACAGAGUCCUCAGCAGGUCAAACAUCUAGGAGCACCACUGCUGCCACAUUCAGGUGUGCUGAGCAGUGUUUUCCUGCAGAGCCCACAGUAUCUGCUCGCAUGCUGUGGUGGGUCCAGCCCCCCUCCUGUCUUCUCCAAGGGAGCAAACAUUCAAAUGUGGUCUACCAAUAUAAGUCCCAAAUCACGCAGAGGGAUCCUCAGAAGGGCAGUGUUUUCUGAGGAGCAACGGAAGGAACUGGAGAGAACCUUUCGUAGACAGAAGUACAUCAGCAAGACAGACCGAAAUAAACUGGCAGCUGAUCUCAGUCUUAAGGAGUCACAGGUAAAAAUCUGGUUUCAGAAUCGCCGGAUGAAAUGGAGAAACUGCAAGGAGAAGGAGAUCCAUAACGCGCGCUCACCUAUGAAUGAGCUCAUGGCCAGAGGUAUCGCCCAGGAGGAAGAGCCAUCACAGAAUCACAGUGAGGCCAACACAGAAAAAGCUCCCUCACAGAACAGUGUUCGGGAUACAUGAGGGGCUGUGACGGGUCCAGUGUAACAUGGGGACUCUUUUUAACAACUCAUUAUAUUAACCCUCUUUCAGUGCAAAUAGCUUCUGUUGAAUCACAAAUAUAAUCAGGUCUAAAUGCUUGGUUAAUCGUCUUAUUGCAUUUCACCAGGUUCCAGUGAGUAAUUUCAUGGUUUUUACACUAUGACGUCUUUCCGGGAAAGAAUCACACUCUGAUUGUAAUUGCCAUCACACGAAGCCACAAGCAAGUCACCUAAUUUACCACAUUUACAUUCUUCAUGUGUUUUAUGUUUGUUAAGCUUUACACUAAUAUUGUGUCCAUAUUCUGGUAAAAAAAUUUUCAAGUCAAAUUUUUGCUUGGUAUAUUUUGUAAAUAUUUUAUGUGAUCUAUAGAUCUGCUGUAAAUAAAGUGCUUGAGUAAA